CUCAGUACAGCCUAUCAGAAACACCCACGUGGCCGAUUACAAAUUUGUUGAGGCACACAAGAUCCCAUCUCUUUUGAACCAAAACCCUCCUCCCUCUACCCUCGUAUUGCGACAUCAACAAGCAGCCAUUCCUUAUUUGCAGUUGAAGAUACAAAUAUGAUAAAACGGCGUUUCUACAGGCUCGAACAUGGCGGCAGGGACGAACCCUCUGGAUCUUCGUCUUCUUCCGACUCUGAAGUUGAGCCAGAAGCCACAGAUGAAUCGGGAGAAGAAGACGACGAGGGCAAUGUUGUAUCGAAGUCGAGAGAGAACGGAGAAGCUUCCUCUUCUUCUGGUUAUGAGACCGAGGAUAGUUCAAUAAAUGAAGUUAAUCUUGACUCAUCAGGUAUACCCACAAGUGACGAUGAUACGUUGACACAAAUUGGUGGGGAAAACAUUCUAGCAAGUAUUCCUAUCGGUGAAGGAGACAACGUACUUGCCGGAGAAGAGCAUACCCCUGAAGAGGAGGAAGAGACCCCCAUUGAUUUACCCGAUUGGGUUUUAAAAUGUAAAUCGGUAUACAAGUGCAGGCUGUGUCCGAGAAUUGUCUGUUUGACAGAGGAAACACUAAAGGCUCACUUAAGCUCCAAGAGACAUGCCCGUUCAGACAAAUUACGUAAAGAAGGGAGGCUUAAGCUUAUGCUCAACGGCAGUGGACAACUUGAAGGCGAGUCAGACGAUCCCGAGGCUGCAACCAUUUCUGGACGGAAGUCAGCUGAGCGAAAGAAGAAGGGCGGCAAAGGACAAGGAAAACAGAAGAAGAGAUCAAGACAAGAAAGUAGGUUUGGGAAAGGAAGAUCAAAAGGGAGGCGGGAGAAGAGACGGAAGAAUGACGACUGAGACAAGUCUUCCAAUUUUACCCUUAAUUUACGUUGCAGUUUAAAAUUGUUAGAAUUGCGACAAUACAGUCAAUCCCAUGAACAUGUGGACGACAUAUUUGUUUCUCUGAUAUUUUAACAAUUUUGUAAGAGAUUUGGCAGUCGAAUGAGAGAACAUGGAUUGUUUCUUUGAUUUU